CGGCGGCCCCUGCGGUGGGAGAGAUCUGGGCACUAGCUGCGGCUAAAGCUGCAGCCGGGCCCGCGGGGGCGCUGCACGAGGGUAGUAGGGGGUGGCCCUGAGCUGGGGCCUGGCCCCGGCUGGCCUCCCCCGCCGCCUCACCCGGGGACAGGUCCAGCCUGUGGUGUCCACAAUGCCCCAGGCUUCUGAGCACCGCCUGGGACGGACCCGAGAGCCACCUCUUAAUGUCCAGCCCCGAGUGGGAUCCAAGCUACCAUUUGCUCCCAGGGCCCGGAGCAAGGAGCGCCGAAACCCAGCCCCUGGGCCGAACCCUGUGUUACGACCUCUGCCUCCUAGGCCAGGUCCCCCUGAGGAACGGCUCAAGAAACUGGAGCUGGGACGGGGACGGACCUCAGGCCCUCGUCCCAGAGGCCCAAUUCGGGCAGAUCAUGGAGUUCCCCUGCCUGGCUCACCACCCCCAACUGUGGCUCUGCCUCUCCCAUCAAGGACCAACCUAGCCCGUUCCAAGUCUGUGAGCAGUGGGGACUUGCGUCCAAUGGGAAUUGCCUUGGGAGGGCACCGCGGCACUGGAGAGCUAGGGGCUGCACUGAGCCGCUUGGCUCUCCGGCCUGAGCCACCCACUUUGAGACGUAGCACCUCUCUCCGACGCCUUGGGGGCUUUCCUGGGCCACCCACCUUGCUCAGCAUACGGACAGAGCCCCCUACUUCCCAUGGCUCCUUCCACGUGAUAUCUGCCCGGCCCUCUGAACCUUUCUACUCCGAUAACAAGAUGGCUCAUCACACACUGCUUCUGGGCUCUGGUCAUGUUGGCCUCUGAAACCUGGGGAACACGUGCUUCCUGAAUGCUGUGCUACAGUGUUUGAGCAGCACUCGGCCUCUUCGGGACUUCUGUCUGCGAAGGGACUUCCGGCAAGAGGUGCCUGGAGGCGGCCGAGCCCAAGAGCUCCCUGAAGCCUUUGCAGAUGUGAUUGGUGCCCUGUGGCACCCUGACUCCUGUGAAGCUGUGAAUCCUACUCGAUUCCGAGCUGUCUUCCAGAAAUAUGUUCCCUCCUUCUCUGGAUACAGCCAGCAGGAUGCCCAAGAGUUUCUGAAGCUCCUCAUGGAGCGGCUACACCUCGAAAUCAACCGACGAGACCGCCGGGCUCCGCCAGUCCUGGCCAAUAGUCCAGCUCCCUCCCAACCUCGCCGUGGAGGGGCUCUGCUAGAAGAACCUGAGUUAAGCGAUGACGACCGAGCCAACCUAAUGUGGAAGCGUUACCUGGAGCGAGAGGACAGCAAGAUUGUGGACCUGUUUGUGGGCCAGUUGAAAAGUUGUCUCAAGUGCCAGGCCUGUGGGUAUCGCUCCACAACCUUCGAGGUUUUUUGUGACCUGUCCCUGCCCAUCCCCAAGAAAGGAUUUGCCGGGGGCAAGGUGUCUCUGCGGGAUUGUUUCAGCCUUUUCACCAAGGAAGAAGAGCUAGAAUCGGAGAAUGCCCCAGUGUGUGACCAAUGUCGGCAGAAAACACGAAGUACCAAAAAGUUGACAGUACAAAGAUUCCCCCGAAUCCUCGUGCUCCAUCUUAAUCGAUUUUCCGCCUCCCGAGGCUCCAUCAAGAAAAGUUCAGUAGGUGUAGACUUCCCGCUGCAGCGACUGAGCCUAGGGGACUUUGCCAGUGAUAAAGCCGGAAGCCCCGUAUAUCAGCUGUAUGCCCUUUGCAACCACUCGGGCAGUGUCCACUAUGGCCACUACACAGCCCUGUGCCGGUGCCAGACUGGUUGGCAUGUCUACAAUGACUCUCGUGUCUCCCCUGUCAGUGAAAACCAGGUGGCAUCCAGUGAGGGCUACGUGCUGUUCUACCAACUGAUGCAGGAGCCACCCCGGUGCCUGUGACAUCCCCUUUAAGCCCUGGCACCUGUGAAACCCUUUCAACACCCUCAAGCCCCCAGGCUCCCCAUUUACCUCAGAGACGUCUAUUUUUGUGUCUUUUUAAUCGGGGAGGGGGGAGGGGGUGGUUGUACCUCCCAUUAUUUUUUUUAUUAAAAAAUACCCUUCUACCUGGAGGCUCCCUUGUCUCCCAGCCCCAUGUACAGAGCUCCCCAGGCCCCUGCCCGUGUACAGCCCCCAGACCCUCUACAGUCUCACUUUUUUUUGUGAAUAAAUUUAUUAA